CGUCCUGGAAGGGUAGCGUCACUCGAACGAGAGGGCGACGCGGGCGGAAGUGAGAGAACUGGGAACUUUGGAGCUUAUUUUAACCCCCAACUCUCUGUCAUCGAUCAUGGAGGUUAAUGGCGCCGCGGGAUGUGCGCUAUGCUGGAGCUUGGCGGUCGCCGUCAUUAGUUUAGCACUGUUCGCGGCUUGGAAACUGGGACUGAUGCAUCUGCUCUGGUACCGGGUGGAACCUAAGAGCACCAGACAUGGUGGUGAGAGAGUUGCUGAGGUCUUGAAAGCUCAUGGUGUGAAAUACCUCUUCACAUUGGUUGGUGGACAUAUAUCACCUAUUCUUGUGGCUUGUGAAAAGAUCGGGAUCCGUGUGGUAGACACCCGGCAUGAAGCUACAGCUGUAUUUGCUGCUGAUUCUGUUGCUAGACUCUCAGGUUCAAUUGGUGUUGCUGCUGUAACAGCUGGUCCUGGUUUAACAAACACUGUGACUGCAAUUAAAAAUGCCCAGAUGGCAGAAACUCCGGUGCUGCUUAUUGCGGGUGCAGCUGCAACGCUUCUGCAGGGCCGAGGUGCACUGCAGGAUAUUGACCAGAUGUCACUUCUCAAGCCACUCUGUAAAUUCUGUAGUACAGUUCGUACAGUCCGGGACAUUGUUCCAGUUCUCCGGAAGGCUAUUGCAGUGGCUCAGUCUGGAACUCCGGGACCUGUGUUUGUUGAGCUUCCAAUUGAUGUCCUCUACCCAUAUCAUUUAGUUUGGAGAGAGUUUACACCAAAAAGUGAACCCAAAGGAAUUGUGGGAAAAGCCAUCAACUGGUAUCUCCAGAACCAUCUACGUAAUCUGUUUGCUGGAGCCUGGGAUGCAAGAGAUGUGUCGCCUUUGUCAGUGGAUUUUCCCAUGGCCACAGCUGCAGAGGUACAGUGCUGCAUGGAGAUGGUAAGCAGGUCUAAAAAGCCACUCCUUUUCCUGGGAAGCCAAGUAACACUCCCACCUACACCAGUGAAUAAAGUCCGGUCAGCAUUGGAAUCUCUAGCAAUUCCCUGUUUCCUGGGAGGCAUGGCUCGAGGAAUGCUGGGAAGGGACAGUCCUAUUCAUAUCCGACAGAACCGAAGGGAUGCUCUAAAAAAAGCUGACUUGGUCAUUCUUGCAGGUACUGUGUGUGAUUUCCGCUGGUCCUAUGGGCGCAUCCUCUCUAAACACAGCAAGAUAAUCGCUGUCAACCGUGAUCACUCACAGCUGCUAAAAAACUCUGAUAUCUUCUGGAAGCCAACACUUGCUGUGAAAGGAGAUGCUGGUUCCUUUUUGGUUCAGUUGGCAGAAGGGCUAAAGGGCUACCAAGCUCCCAGUGAAUGGACACAGUAUCUGAAGGAGGAAGAUAUAAAGAAGGAGAAGGCCAAUGGUGAAAAGUCAGAGGAGAAAGUGGAAAAAAAUCUGAACCCUUUGAAGGUACUGCAUCAUGUUGAACGUUUGUUGGAGGAGGAUAGCAUAAUUGUGACCGAUGGUGGUGAUUUUGUGGGCAGCGCUGCCUAUAUCUUGAAACCUCGAGGGCCUCUUCGAUGGCUCGAUCCUGGAGCUUUUGGGACACUUGGAGUGGGUGGCGGGUUUGCACUAGGGGCCAAGCUUUGCAGACCAGAGUCUCAGGUUUGGAUCAUUUAUGGAGAUGGUUCCCUGGGCUACAGUAUUGCAGAAUUUGACACUUUUAAACGACACAAGACUCCUGUAAUCGCUGUAGUGGGUAAUGAUGCGGGCUGGACCCAGAUUUCUCGAGAACAGGUUCCGUUGCUAGGUAGCAGCGUGGCAUGUGACUUGGCACACACUGAUUACCACACUGUUGCUCAGGGAUAUGGCGGGAAAGGUUUUUUACUCAACCUGGAGAAUGAAGAGCAGAUAGAUGAUAUAAUAAGAGCUGCACAGAAGGAGUGUCAGAAUGGGAAUCCAACGCUCAUAAAUGUCCUAAUAGGAAAAACAAAUUUCAGGGAAGGCUCCAUCUCUGUGUAAUAACAAGUUUCAUGUGGAUCACGGGUUUGAUGUUUCACGUGUGCCUUGACUCUUUGCCCUACUGGGUAUAAACAUAUAGAAAACAAAGUGAAGAGUUUUCUCUAAAAUCAUGCAAUAGCAUUCAAUGCAAAGGGUACUUGAUAUGUAACCUACCAAAUCAAAGACUAAUUACACCAAUUACCACUAGAAAUUUCUCUUAAUUAAAAAUAAUAAUCAUUGCAAAUUUUAUGAAUUUUUAGAUUUAAUCUCUCUGAUUUUCCUAAAUUUCUGUAGAAUUUGGAAUCUUGUUAAUCAGUCAUGAAUAAUGGCUUCAUUUACACUGUCCUGAGAGCUCUGGAAGACUUCCUGUCGGUGUUUUUUUUUUGGUUUGCUAAGGUUUGCUGUGAGCUUAAGCACUGUGGUGGUCCUUCCCUGGCAAAAGAAAUUAUAGGAAUGUUAAUGAGGAAAAAAGGUGAUCUUAGGUUCUACAUAAUUCACGGGAGUGGCUAAAAGUGGAUCAAAGAUCUUGUUUUUUUAGUUUCUGUUUUGGUUUUGCUCAGUAAGUGCCUGGCCUCUAUUUUCCACAAUAAUGUAAAGAAAUAUAGGAAAUAGCUGUUGAACAGCAGACAUAGCUUGCAUCCCAUUUUUCUGUGGGAUUGUCGGUUAUAGCACUUAUGAAAAAAUAAUUCCUAGCGCUUAUUGCACUUCAGCUGGAUGUGAUUAAAAUUUUCUUCUCUGUCCUUUUCCUCCAUUCUCUUAUAUUCGUUUUAUAAUAUGAGACAUUUAAAGAAGGAAAAUGGCUUUAGUUUCAUUAGAAAUGUGGUAAAACCAUUGACUAUUUAAAAUAGGUUACUCCCAACUUUUUCCAUUCUACUUUAGUGAUGAAUUUCAAGUAUCUUGAUAUUGGGAAUUUCCUGCCAUUUAGUACAAUCUUUCACCAAUUAUCAUGAAUAUAGAACAAAGAGACAGAUGCACUGUAACUUCUUGGUCCUUAUGCAGUUUGAAAAAUCACAGAAAGAAAAUGUAAGAAAUAGAAGCAGAGGUAUGAUUUCCAUGCCUGUUCCACCAGUCAGUAAGAUCAUGAUUGAUCUUUUACCUCAGCACACCCCUGCUCUAGCCCCACCUGUUAAAUCUCUAAUUUCCUAAAGAUACUACUUGUUAUCAAAUGAAGCUGUUUUGAGGGGAGAAUUCCAAUAAUUCACUACUAUUUGGGUGAAGAAGUGUCUUCUCAUCUCAAUCACAAAUAGCAUCCGUUUAUUUUAUUAACAUGAUUCCUGGUUCCAGUUACCCUAGGGGAAAUGUGAACUCUACAAUAUCAUGUACAUUUCAAUGGGGUCACCUCUCAGUCCUCUAAAGUCUGGACCUUAUAAACUGUCUACUUAAUCUCUUAUGUCCAUUCCAGAAAUUAACCUGAUGAUCAUUUGCUCCAUUCCAUCUAUUGCCAGUAUACUGGCCUUUGGAUAGGAAGAUUAAGCUGGUACAAAUGGAAAGGGCCAGGGUCUGAAAUAAUUGGAGCAAGGCAAUUCUACUCUUGUAGUAACCCUAAUGAAGCUAAAGCCUUAAUAAAAGCCAACAUUACCAUGUAUCUUCCUAAUUACUUGCUGUACCUGUCUGUAGACUUUUAGUGAUCCAUAUUUGAAGCACUUAAAUCUCUUAUUUAAAAAAGUGUUUUUCUAAUGAAGUGGAUAGCCUCAUGUUUUCCAUAUUCCAUCUUUCAUUUCCUUGCCCAUUUGCUUAGUCUGUCUAUAUCCACUUGAAGCACUACUCUGUCUUCUUCAGAGCCUGCAUUGCUGUGUCAUAUUGUAUCAUUGGUAAAUAAUGAACAGAAGUUUUUCCAAUAAGGAAGGAUCUUGCAAGCAAAAGCUUAUAAAGGACAAUAGUUUUCAGUCUCUAGAGGCUAAAUGUAUAAUCCUUCGCCUUUCAAUUACGUAGCUAUUGUUAACUGUAUCUGUAUGAAAUUCUGAUAUUUUUAGCUGUUUAUAGGACUUGAUGCCUUUUGAUCAAUCAGGUUCAAGUUCUGAUCCAUGUCUUGUAUACUCAUGGAAUUUCACUGUUUAAAUGCCUCUAACCCAAAGACUACCUGGACAAGUGACAAAAUAGGAAGCAUCUGGAGGCCCUCUGAAGGCUGAUCAGAGUUUAUGGGAGGCAUGGUUAUUCCUGCUUUUAUUUUGAAAGGUGUUGUGGGAUGUGUUAGGGUGAACCAAAAUAUUGGUUUUGCCCCUUCUGUGAUGAUUCAUGUUUAUUGUCCCAUGUUCAAACCCACAUUUUCUUUUUGUGUACAUUUAAAAGGACAUCCAUGUCCUUAUUUUUGAGUGGUAGGUUGAUUGGUUCUUCCACCCUUUUGAGCAGCUCAAUGAAGUAGGCUUAUUUUUAAGAUUCUUUCCUCUAUUAAAUAAAAGUAUACAUUUUGCAGAAUCUGGACAUUGCUGGAAAAAUAUAUUUCUAAUUAACCAUGGAAUGAAAGGCAAGCUAAGCCUUUUCAGAAGGCAUUUAAUAAUAAAUCAUAUUGCUGUGAUUCUGUAGUCAUAUGUAAACCAAACUGGGUAAGAACAGCAAAUCUCUGCCCUGAAAGACAUCAGUAAAUCGGAUUUUUUUUUACAAGGUUCUGAUAGCUGGUCUUGGUAACAAUAAAACUUUUUUUAAAAUGUCAGAUUACUAAUUCUAUUUAACUUCCACGGUGCCAGACAGACGAUCGCUAAAGAGUAUUGAUAAUGUCUGGGGUCACCAGUCUUGUAAGGACACUACACAAAAGAAGGCAUGGUCAUGAGACCAUGAUUACCUAUGUCAGAUGACACUGCACAUGAUGAUGAUGAUCAUGGUGGGGACUCAGUUCUCUAGAUUGUUAGUUCAGAUCUCUGGGUUACUUGUCUCAUUACCUAACACUAAUCCACUAUCAUACCUGUUUGACUCUACAUUAAUCUGUACAUGGUAACUUCAUUCUUCCUGCAACACUAACAUUCUACCUCACAAAUUUCCAUUUCUCUUAACUUAGCGGAGUUUGACUCACUUCCCAUAUUAAUUAUAGUCCCACUCUCUUAAGUAAUCCUGAUUUUGUCAGUAAUGCUGUGUAGGAAAUGUGAACAUGCAUUUUCCCCAACAAGUGUACACGGUGGUGGUCUGAAACUUGCUGUCUGAAAGGGUGGUAGAGGCAGGAACUCUCAUUUUAAAAGAACUGAGGAGUGUACUUUGAGAGCUUUGACCUGACAAUCAAGUGCUUGAAGAUGAGAUUAGACUGGACAGAUGUUUAUUAACCAACACUGAUGCAAUGGCUUCCUUUGAUAUAAAUUUUCGACUACUCUGAAAUAGGUGUAAUAAGGAUGCUUUGCUUUUAAAUGUCAGCAGCAUUUAUCUGUUUUUCAUUCUUGAGUUAAUGCUUUGAAUUCCUUUUUUGUGAUGUUGACCACCUGAAGAACUAUAGAGAGAUGGCUGAAGUUUUCAUUUUUUUAAUGGUUAAGCAUGAGAGCAGCAAUAGAAUAUCUUUGACUGUAGUAGUUAGACCUUUCAACUUUUCCUAUGUCAUGCAAUCCUAAGGGUAGAUCACACAAAUUGAUUACUGAACGACUCUUUCUGAGGGUUUCCAUAUUUUCUAGAUUUUUUUAAGUUCAUCAGGCAUAAAUUAUAUCAUAUUGCUAAACAUUUCAAAUGUACAAAAUCAGUUUGAAAUAAUGAUUUUCUGAUUAUCCAUCAAACUUUUUAUGUGACGGAGGAUUAGUUGAUUGUAAGACAAUCUGAAAUCAAUCCUAUAGGAUAUUGAUGGACUUGAUCAUUUUUAAGACUUUUUGAUGGAGGUGAUAGAAUUUGCUCGUGGGUUAGUCAUUUACAAAUUAUUAAGUGUUGUAAUACUUUUGAUGUAGUGCAUUUGGAUGAAGUUUGUGGCAUGGAGAAUAGCUGGUGUAACUAGAAAAUGGUGAGCAAAUCCCCAGUUACUCAGGUUGCCAGUCUUGAAAGGACUUCUCCCCUCACCCUGGGUUCCCACUACAUGUAUCUGGUCUCCUGUUAAGUACAAGUGAGAUCCCUGGGUUGCACCCUGCCUUAAUCUAAUGAGAUCCUCUAAGCUCCUUCUGUUUCAGUUGAGACAGCUUAUCUUGGAUUGUGUCAUCUGCAACAUAAGAUUGAGAUUCUUCCCGAGCCAAGAUCCCUCAGUUAAGGGAGUAGCCAGCACCCCUUGCCUAACAGGCAUUAUGACUCCGGUACCUUUUAUCAUGUCUCUGGUUGGCCUGCAUUUCCUCAAUAAGACUGAAGUAAAGCAUAACUUCACCCAUGAACUGGGUUUUGCCUUCUUUGGAAGGGCACCAACUUGGAUGAGUUUAAAUCUUGGUAUAUGGCUUCCAAAUGCAACGUUAACACAAGAAACUAAGGUUAAUAAUAAAACGUUGAUUAUUUCUGAACCUCUUAUCAGUUUUAUUAGAACUGAAUUUUAUUUUAAAAUAUCUUGCUUUGUCUUAAUACUAGGAAAUUGUGAACCGAGUUGUUCUACCUCUAUUUAAUGGUAAAUGCUGUCUUUCAGUACUGUACAGUACUUUUACUGUAUAUUAAAAUUGUUUAAUUCAAUCUGA